AUGGCUACUAUCACCGCUGGUGGCCCCCUAGUCAUUGUGCGUGAUCAAACCAAUCUGCUGCCUCGCACCCAGCUACUGGUUGUGUUUAGUACCCUGGCCACCGCGUUUCUUAUCGCCUAUGCAGAUCAAAACGGAGUGGGAGUGGCCUUGCCCACUAUCGCGCGGGAUCUAAAUGCGCGAGAUACCAUUAGCUGGGCAGGUACUUCCUCUAUGAUUGCGAAUACAGUGUUUCAGGUUCUCUACGGGCGCCUGUCUGAUAUUUUCGGCCGCAAGAAAGUGUAUCUGUCUGCGGUACUGCUGCUUGCCAUUGCCGACAUUCUCUGCGCAACCGCCCAGACUGCGUGGGCCUUCUACCUGUUUCGUGGCAUGGCAGGUGUUGCCACUGGCGGAAUCAACUCAUUGACUAUGAUGAUUGUAUCCGACAUCGUCACUUUACAGGAACGGGGCCGAUAUCAGGGCAUCCUGGGCAGUUGUAUCGGACUAGGCAAUACGAUUGGAAAUGGCCUCGCCAAGGCGAAACUGAUCGACAUUUGGGGCUUGUUGUCUGGAUCCAUCGCUAUCAUCUGUACGUUGAUCCCUAUUUCUGGUGGUGGGUCUUACUUUCCCUGGAACUCUACCCUCGUCAUCGCCAUGCUUUCCGUCGGUGGCGUGGCCACGAUUGCAUUCAUCCUGGUCGAGUGGAAGGUUGCUAAGCUGCCAAUGGUCCCGUUGUCUAUGUUUCGCACUCCUGCCGUGACGGUCAUUCUGCUGCAGAACCUCUUCUUCGGCUACUGCUAUUACGCCGAGCUAUAUUUUCUACCGCUGUAUUUUGAAAAUGUGCGCGGGGUGACUCCACUGGUAUCUGCAGCUCUCCUCGUACCAUUGGUGGUUGCGCAGAUGAUAUUCUCCGUUGGUUCCGGAUUCUACAUCUCGCAUUAUUCACGGUACGGGGAGGUUAUCUGGUUUGGUUUCAUCUGUUGGACAGCUGGAGCAAGUGUGCUCUGCACCCUAAAGCAAGACACAUCUCUAGGAGUGAUAAUUGUGGCCUUGAUCAUCCUCGGUGUCGGCGUGGGCAAUGUAUUCCAACCCUGCCUAAUCGCUAUCCAAGCCCAUUCACCCAAAGAUCUGCGAGCUGUUAUCAUCUCUAAUCGCAACUUCUUCCGUGCACUUGGCGGUGCCAUCGGCUUAGCAUGUUCCAGUCUUGUACUCCAGGCAUCCUUUGGCAAGGCGCUCCCAGAUGAUCUGCGCUAUCUCAGUCGGGACAGUUAUGUGCUGCCCACGCUCAGUGACUUCUCUACAGCGGACCAGAAUGCACUCCGGGCCGCAUACUCUCAGGCCAGUCGCACCGUGUUUAUCUCCAUGGCGCCCGUCAUGGGCUUCUGUCUGAUGAUUUGUGUCUUCAUUCGAGACAAGGGGUUACAGCGAAAGGAGGAGAUUGCACCCCCGCAGCCUGUGCUGACUACGGCAGGGAGCACGUUUCAAGAGCCAACAGGCAUGGCAAUUAACGCGGAAAAGUGA